CGAGAACUCCUCGCAAACGUCAGAUGACCUGUGGCACAGUUGUGUCUCUGCAGCACUGAGGAGCAAGCAGCCAGAAGAGUCCAAGAUGAACCGAGCUUUAAACAAAACCAGUCUGAAACAAUUGACUGGUCUCCUACAAAGGUUCCAGAGCACCUUGGUAGUUGCAGAGCACAACAAUGACAAGCUGACCCCUAUUACACUCAGUGCCAUCACUGCUGCCAGUAAGCUGGGCGGAGACGUGUCUUGUCUGGUUGCUGGAACAAACUGUGCAAAGGUUGUGGAACAAAUCAGCAAAGUCCAAGGUGUGAAGAAGGUUUUGGUUGCCCAACAUGAUUCCUACAAAGGUUUCAUGCCAGAGGAGUUGACUCCACUUAUCCUGGCAACACAAAAGCAAUUCAGUUUCACCCACAUCUGUGCUGGUGCGUCUGCCUUCGGAAAAAACCUGCUUCCCAGAGUGGCUGCCAAGUUGGAUGUUGCUCCAGUUUCAGAUAUUAUUGAGAUCAAGUCUCCAGACACUUUUGUCAGAGCCAUUUAUGCUGGAAAUGCUCUCAGCACUGUGAAAUGUAAUGAAGCGAUCAAGGUCUUCACAGUCAGAGGGACAUCCUUUGAGGCAGCUCCAACAGAGGGAGGAACUGCUGCAUCAGAAGAUGUUGCUGCUUCUUCUGCCACUGGAAUUUCUGAGUGGUUGGAACAGAAUCUGACAAAGAGUGACCGCCCAGAGCUGACCAGCGCUAAGGUUGUGGUGUCAGGAGGAAGGGGCUUGAAGAGUGGAGAUAACUUCAAGCUGCUUUAUGACCUUGCCGACAAACUGAAUGCUGCAGUUGGUGCAUCCAGAGCUGCAGUGGAUGCUGGGUAUGUCCCGAAUGACAUGCAGGUUGGACAGACAGGCAAGAUUGUAGCCCCGGACUUGUACAUUGCUGUUGGUAUCUCCGGAGCUAUUCAACACCUGGCUGGAAUGAAAGAUAGCAAGAUUAUUGUCGCAAUCAACAAGGACCCAGAGGCUCCCAUUUUCCAGGUGGCUGACUAUGGCUUGGUUGCUGAUCUUUUCAAGGUUGUUCCUGAAAUGAGUGCAGCGCUGAAGUAAGGAGAAACAAAGUCCCACCAAAUGUCCAUCACACAGCUGGAACUUGGAGUAAGAAGACUUCGGGAACAGGAGCACAUAGCCCACUGCCUUAAUACAUGUCUGAAGCGUUUGUGUGGAGAAAUAAUUUCCAACAUCUGGAAACAGAACACUAUCAAUCUAGAAAUAAAUGCCAGUUUUUAAUAAAUACAAGCAUUAAAUAUCAAUGAAUAUGGUUGUACUAAACAUGGGGCGUGGUAUGUCAUGCCUCUAGUAGUACUGUUUGUAAUUUGUAUUUAAUUUUCUGGUACAGUAAAGGACAUCUUUGGGACUUGGCUUUAGAUGUGUGACUGUUGUGGUUGACUGUAAGAUGUAGCUCUUCAUGCUAACCUAGUAGUGUGUACUUAAUGAGAUGCUCUUGGAAAUAAAAUGACAACUACUAGUUUU